CUGGCAAAUGUCAGUAACGAAAGAUACGCGCCGGCCUGCGCACGCGCAACGAACUUUAUACCAACGACUCCGAUACUAGAUUAACGAAUAUCGAUUCCAUUAUAAGUGAACAGUGAACAAUUUUUAUUAUCUCAUCUGUAUGAGUGCUGGUAACUUGUUCCUGAGGAAAUUUUCACAGUCAGUAUGGGUUCCAGACUUUUUACGUGCUCAAGUGCAUUCAUUAUAUGCUUCUGUAUAGUUACAGCUAAGACAGGUAAUCGCGUUAGCAGUCCAGCGACGCGCUUCACUUGUCAAGGACGCGUUGCCGGCUACUACGCUGACGUCGAGACCGGCUGCCAGGUAUACCACAUGUGUGAUGGUCUCGGCCGCCAGUUCAGCUACUCCUGCCCCAACACCACUCUGUUCCAACAACGCAUGCUGGUGUGUGAUCACUGGUACAUGGUGAACUGCUCCAACUCAGAGAGCGACUAUGACGCCAACCUUCUUAUCGGUCAGAGGGACAAGCCGUUCGUAUCUGAUGAAGAUAUGCGUCUUCGAACUCCUCGCCCUGACAUCCUCAACGUGCCUUCCAACAGCAACUAUUAUGAUGGCCUCAAGGAGGCUGAGUCCAAGUUUUCAAUACAUCCCAGUAAUAGUAUAGUUGGUAUAGCCGACUCCUUAUCUGGCGAGGAUAAUGAAUUGGAUGACGGAAAGCCGAGCUACAGACCGCCGAGCUCGUGGUCUAUGAAGUACUUUAAAACGACUCCCGUUAAAAAUAUAGACAGACAGACAAAUACAGAUCAAUAUAAUAGUUUUGAUAGCAAGAAGGAAGCGGACCAACCGCGACCGAUCAAAGCCAAAGUAAACAUUUCUCCACCUUCACAAGACCUCAGCCCGCCUCUACCCCCAAAAGAACAAUCAACCACAGCACAACCAGCCAAGGAUCCCGUGUAUAAUUUCAUCAAGCGCUUCGAUCCAAACUCUCCCGACUCAUUGAAGACAUCCAUGACUCAAUCCGAGAUAAUAAACCUCAACAAACAUCUACCCGAGGGUCAGGUCAGCUCGGAGGAGGAGAGGACUCCGCGGAAAUAUAAAAACUUCGGUAACAACAUUAACGUUCUCGACGGAGACAAAAAGAAAGGUUCCAGCGAUGGGACGAGGUUCGACACCGUGAACAUCAAAACGAAGCCAGAAGUCUCCGAAAACGCUACAUCUAAAGUUCCAGUACCAUCACAAGUAUUACUACCGCCCAAGAGAGAAUUCAACCCACCAGCAUCCACGACGAUGGGUCCACCCAUCUACUACGAAUGGAAAUGGGCAGUUCCGGCCUUUGAGUUAGCUCCCCCUAAACUGAAUAACGAGACUAACAUCACCAACGUCAAACCCGUCAAACCUAUUGAGAGACCGUUCAGUGUUGUACCCAAAUCUACACCCAGAGAGGUGGAAGUCACACCACGGAACACCGAGUACAAUAUAAGUUCAUAUUUCGUUCCCGACUACGUGUUCCCAUUGGACGGACCCCAUCCGGGAUACGGCGACGAUGACGCGCAGACCUCGUUCCAAGUGCAGGUCUCUAGACCGGGAAGGUCAAGUUACGGCGAAAACCCAGCGUGCCCUCAGUGUCAUCCAGCUUAUCUUGAACCCGGUACGUGCGAGCCCUGUGUCGUAAAACGGUAACAAUGACACCGUUUCGUAAAUUAGUUCUGCCAUUCUGCAAUGCCAUUACCUCGGAUGGGAAUUCCAUGAGUGCCUCGGAUAAUUUAAUUUAUUACAGUAGACUUUACAUCACUCACAACUCGACACUUCAGGGCAUAACAAUCGUGAUUAAAGUACCACGAAAUAUUUCAUAAUAACUGAUUUUCAAUAUAAUGCAAUGUAAAUACUUUAUUUACGCGUAAUUAUUACAGGAAAAUAUCUAACUCAGCUUUAUAAAAGUCUGGUUACAAUAUUGUGAUUUAAUGUUGAAUAACAUCUAAUUGUUACUCAGAAACCGAAUUUUAUCGUUUCAUAUUAUAAAGCACAUCACUAAAGACAAUCGAGCUGCCAUUUCUUAAUAUGACUCCAAUAUCAAAAAACUGCUAUUUUUGCAAACAUCCAAAAUAAUAUACACACUGAUUAUCUAUCAUCGGAAAAAAGAAACAUAUAAUCAGAAAACGAAUAACUUAAUAAAGUUUACCUGUUAUUAUUAACAACGAGAUAAUUGUUGAAUUAUGCUAUCAAAUUAUUAUAGAUUCACAAUAAAAGCAAUAUUUCUAUAGUUUAAAAAUCCUACCGAUUCUUCCUUAUAAUGAUUCUAUACUAUUUGAAUUUUGACAGACAUGUCAUAAGCGUCAUGUGCCUUAUGGGCGGUAAAUUAUGUUUUGACAGCGCCUUAGAAUCUCGGCAAUAUCUUUUUGUUAUAUUGCAACACAGUUCUGUUAUUGUAAGUUUUAUUUUAUCUGGAUUGUUAUUAAUAUUGAACUAAUAUGUAAUAUAGAUAAUAUAUAAGUUAGACGUUAAUAUUUAUAGAUUUGUAAACAUGUAUCAUAUCACCGUUGUAGCCGUUUAAGUUUUAAAUAAAAUAACUUUGAAAA